GAUCAUAUUUAUAAAAGAAUCGACCACCGCCAGCUACUCAAGCAGUCGCAGUCGUUCGCCAGAACGUUCAAAACCCGCUCGUCGCUGAACAAAUAGUAUAGAAAGAGUUUUGAAAAUAAAAUUCCUACGGUUAGAGUCUCUGGAUCCGUAAGAGUUUCGCUAUUCGCUUUUCGCUUUUCAAACUAACAGGGAAAACACUCGCAAGGAAAAUCGUGCGCUCACACAUGCGCGGCAACUUCAUGACGGAACCGGAAAACGCUGCGUGAGAAACCGAAAAAUUCCAGUGACCCAAACGCGAGCGUUAACGUUUCGAAAGAAUACCAAAUAAGAUAUAUCAGAUAUAUUAGCUCAACCCGCGCCGCACACAUGACAACUGCAUUGACCAUGGUGAAAACGGGUGGUAAAUACGCCAACGAGAAAUUCUUGGGGGUGCGGCAUGUGCAGUGCAUCCUGUGCUUCUUCUGCCUCGCGAUGAGCUACGCCUGGCGGGUGAACCUCAGUGUGGCCCUGGUGGCCAUGACGGACAACAGCACCUCGCCAGCUCAGAACUCCACCGAACCCAACGCGCCGUCCAGCGACCCCGGUUUUGACUUCUUUAAUUCCGAGCGCUACUACAACUUCACCCAGAAGGAGAAGGGCAGCCUGCAGGCCAGUUUUUUCUUUGGCUACAUCGUAACCCAGGUGCCAGGCGGCUAUAUCGCCCAGCGCUAUGGAGCCAAGACCAUGCUGAUGUACGGAUUGGGCAUAGCCGCCAUGAUCACGAUGCUAUCGCCGAUGUCCCUGCAAUUCGGAUGGGUCGCCCUUGCCGUGAUGCGAUUCGUGAUGGGUCUGGCCCAGGGUGCAGUGCAUCCGGCCACACACGCGCUGUUGGCCAAGUGGUCGCCCGCGGAUGAACGAGGAAUGCUGGGAACACUCUGCUACGCGGGCGCCCAGUUUGGAACGGUGGUGAUGCUGGCCACUAGUGGUUUCAUCGCCGACUCCGUCUUGGGCUGGCCGAGUAUCUUCUAUUUGGGCGGAGCCUGCGGCUUUAUUUGGAUGGUUUUCUGGUACCUGUUCUCGGCCAGCACUCCGGAGGAACACCGUCUGAUUUCGCCCGGAGAACUGAAGUACAUUACGGAUUCGCGUAGCGAUGGCAAGAUGCAAUCCGCCGAGAAACUGGCGCCCACGCCCUGGAAGGCCAUCUUUAGUUCCCCGCCCUUCCUGUCCCUCCUGGUGGUGCACUGCACCCACAUGUUCGGCUACUGGCUCCUGCUUAUGCAAAUUCCCACGUACAUGAAGAAGAUCUACCACGUGGACAUCAAGCAGGGUGCUCUGCUCUCCUCCCUUCCCUACAUGGUGAUGCUGGUCCUGAGCUUCUUCUUCGUCUGGCUAUCCAAAGUGCUCCAGAAGAAGGAGGGCAUGUCUCUGUCCUUCAACCGCAAGAUCUUCAACAGCAUUGGCCAUUGGAUACCCAUGCUCUCGCUGAUCGCUUUGGGUUAUGUGCCGGCGGAUAAUGCUGCCUUGGCGGUAACACUGCUCACCUUGACGGUGGGAAUCAGUGGGGCCACCUAUCUGGGCUUCCAGGUGAACCACAUCGAUCUGUCCCCGAAUUACGCCGGAACGCUGAUGGGCAUUACGAAUUGUGCGGCAAACGUGAUGAGUGGAAUCGCACCAGUGAUCGUGGGACAGAUUGUCCUUGAUGAGACAAGCGUAACUGAGUGGCGAUUGGUGUUCCUGCUGGCUGCCGCCUUCUACUUCCUGGGCAAUCUUCUCUUCGUCAUAUUUGGACGCACGGAGGUACAGUGGUGGGACUCCCCACGGGACAAUAAGGAGGAUGCGGAGCAGGGCACGCCUCUGGCGCCCAAUGGCCAGGUCAAAUAGAGCCUGGGAUGGCAUGUCCAUACCGCAUCCAGAAUCAUCCGGGCUGUUGUUUCUUAGAUUCGUAGGCGUAGUUAGUUAGUUAGACACCAGACAAGCUGAAAGUUAACUUUAGUGACGAUCGCGUGCUUCCAUUAGCGAUAUUAUACGGUAAUUGCUUAGACCUAAGGCAGCGUAAAUUAUUAUUGUUUGCAGUAUUUCCAUAAUGUACAUAAUCCAAAAAAAAAAACAAAAAAAAAACGAAGAUAAACAAUCUAUCAAACAAACCAAUUAAACGUGCAACUUGAGAAAACGUUCAGUGUAAAUAGGGACAGAGCCCACGACGAGCUGCAGCAUCAACUCUAGUAAUUGUUAUGUUUUAGUGUUAAGUUAGGCAUUAAAGAAAACCAAACUUGUGAUGAAAAAGUAAACUAAAAAAGGCGAAAAAGAAUGAUGAAGACAACACUAGCCAUGAAUAAAGCAGCUCAAUUCGCAGCUGUGAAAGAGUCAAAAUGUAACGAAA